CUCCAUAACAGCUAUUAUGUGAAUGCAUCUGUUAUUCGAUAAUCAACAAAUUAUAGACGAAAGCUCAGCACUGUGCUCUUCGGCUCCCACAGAAAUGAAAGUUGUUCUCCUCGUUACUUUCCUUGCCUUUGUAACCAACGCCGCUGGAAUUUUCCCAGGGUGCCCCGACGAUUGGACACAGGUGAAGAGAAAGUGCUACAAGUUUGUGAACGAAGAAGUUAAAAGGGAUAAUGCAUCUGCCACAUGUGGAGACCGCUAUGGUGCUACGCUGGCAACGAUUCACAAUAGGGAAGAGAAUGUAGCCGUCCAAGAUCUUAUAUAUGGCCACAAGUAUGCGUGGAUCGGUCUGGAUCGCAGAAAUGGAUACUUUCGUUGGGACGGCAGAUAUAAAUUUCAGGUCCGUUUUCAAAACUGGGUGGGUUGGCAGUAUCGUAAAGGAAAGGAAUGCGUACAGAUCGUCCAAACUGGCUAUUGGCAACCCGCGCAUUGCAAUAAGCGCAUCUCGUAUGUAUGUGGGAAAAUAGUUGAUUGUGAACCUGGAUGGUUUGGAGAUGAAUGUGAGCGCCAGUGUCACUGCUACCUGGGCCAUGACUGUAAUGACGAACCUUGUCCGUAUGGAUGUGAGCCGGGGUGGAAUGGAGAAAUGUGUGACACGCACUACCGAAAGCCUAAAGUGACAUUCUACUGUAUGAAAACAAGGGGAGGAGGCUACAGUCUGAGGGUUUUCUUUGACCGGUAUGUUGACCUCUACCAGAGAAUCGGAGCUGUAAACGCUGAAGGAGACAUCAGUCCCAGCUGUAGCAACGAUAGAUUUAGAAGGACCGGUGUUCGUGAUAUACAUUUAAAUGUUCAGAUUCCAAGAGUGUCAGGAGCACUGAAACCAGAUUGUCCUGCAGAAACAGUUGCUGAUGGGAUCCUGCGAUGGACGUUCAGACUUCAGAAGAAAGAAGGUAUAGAAUCAGUUGAAGAUGAGGAACUUCAAGUCCAGUGUGAUCUGUCUGAAGCUGAUGCUGCAUAUGAUUCCGAGCGUGUCGUGAUGGAAGAGAAUCGUGAGAUUCCCUUAACGACUGCCACACAGAGUAGAGUCAAUGUACGGACAUACCUAGCUCAUCCUGGAACUCUGGAACCGGUGACAAACCUCGCCCUUGGUGCUCCUGUCAGACUGGUGGUCACGCUUCCUGAAGGGGAUGAUCUUGUCCACCCGUUCUUUUAUCCCCGGUCCUGUCAAGCUUCAUCGCCAGAUGGGAAGGUUUCUUUUCAAAUGACCAAUUCCAAUGGCUGUCCUCGAAAUGAAUACGAAACCUUUUUGGGAAAAAUGGACAAGGCCUCGGGUGUGAUCCAGUCGGACAUGUUCAAAAUGUUUCGGCUGUGGGGAUACACCGACGUGGUAUUCAGUUGUACUCUGGUAGUACCAAGAUUAACUCGUCUAAAAUAUCAGAAACCGAGUUGUUCCUAGUAAUGAAGGACAACGCGGAUGAAAGGUCAACUGCAAAGAUCAUACCACCGACUCAUGGACUGCAGCCAAUCAACAAACCAUAUGUUAACACUCGGUUGAUACACCAGCCAAUCAAGAACCUGGAUGAAGUUCAAUCCUCACAUGUUUAUAACAAAAUCUUUUCACUUGAAAUAAACAAAAGCAA